AUAACCUUAUAUUAAAGCAGAAAGUACGGCGGCCACCGUAAGAAAGGCUUACAGUAUUCAAUUAUGCCGCAUUAACUGAUCAGUACAGUACUGCGAGGGAACGUAAAAGAACAUUUAUCUCCCCAUGUCCCCCAGAGGGCUCCAUAAAAAUCACCUCUGUGGGAGUUAAAUCAACACUGGGCUUUUUGCUGUGCGCAUUGUUUGGUUGGGCUUCCUGCAUUUGGGGACAAAUCAGGCCAAGUGGACUUUAGUCAGUUUUUUUUUUAAUUUUUUUAUGGACUUUUCAAGUGAGAUAUACUCUCAUUGUUUAGGGCACUGCUGUGAUGUCAUGAGCACAAAGAUUAUGACAUAGUGAUGUCAUAGUGAGAGGCUUUGACUCUGUCAAAGUCCCGGUCACAGUCAUUGUGUUCCAAGAGUUCCAAGGUAAGGUUACUUUCUGUGAGUAGGAGACAUAAAGCGAUUGCUAUCCAAACACAAGAAGGAAAUGAAACGUUCAUCGCAAGAUUCGCGGACGAAGGCCAGAUCGGAUCAAUUAACUGAGAAUGAUCCACGGUCCCAGAAGAAAGCCCUGAAAAAUGAUUGUGGAAGAGCUAGAGAGACAACGCGGCCUUCCAUACUGGAAGAAAUCAAGCGAAGAGAAAGUUCUGUGUCCAGGGAGAGAAAUCAAAGUAUUGAGAAAAACUUACAGACACAACUGGAAAAUGUUUAUAAGCAGAAGAAGGAAUUUAAACAGUUAGAGGCUAAACAUUUUAAACUUUCUAUCAAUCAUAAAGGGAUUUUGACUAAACUUCAAGAAAGUGAAACUAGAAUUCAGGAACUUGAAAGUCAGGUAAAAUACAUGGAACGAUGUCUUGCAGAGAAGACGUAUGCUCUCAGGACUGAAACCACACGGGGGUAUCAUCUGGAUGAUACAAUAGCAACACUGAAGGGGUUCAAAGAACGAGCGCUGGCCGCAGAAAAACAGGUGAGGGAGCUUACAGAUGAAAACCAAAGAGUGAAAGUACAGCUAGACAUGUCUAACCAGAAAGCAACUACAUUUAGAAAUGAAUCAGAGGCCCUUAAAGUCGAGCUUAAAAAGCAGUUAGAUCUUAUGAGAACAAAAUUGAAAACGAUUGGCAAUCUUAAGCUCGAUUUGGAUGCAAAGCAUAAGGCAAUCGAUGCUCUAAAAGAAGAGAUUCAGAAACAACACAAAGUUACCCAAGAAAUAGAACUUGAGGCGAAAAGAAAUCGACAGAAUGAAGAAUCAUCACUGAAGCGGGUCAAGUACAUGGAUGAAGAAAAUUUGAGUUUAAGAAAAGAAGUCAGGUCACUACACAAGUCUUUGUACGAUUUUGAGAUGAAGUUGUCAAAACAAGAUUUGCAGUACCAAAACCUCCAGGAGAAAUUUGAAAAUGCACACACAGAAAGAGCAAUCCUGCAGAAAAAAACCCACAAACUGGACAUUUCUACAGCGAGUCUUGAGAAAGAGGUUGUUGAAACCCAGACACUCCUGGAAAAGUCCCAGCAAGAGAAUCAGUUACUGAAGAAUCAAGUGGAGCAGAUGAAGAUAAAGCUGGCUGAAACAAUUCAGAUCGCCAAGGAAAGAAAAAGAAAAUUUGAAAAAGACCUCCAGCGUACACAAGAGGAUUUUAUGAAACUGAAGAUGCAGAGAGAAGACGCUGUGACAAAAAACAGAAGAGCCACAGAAGCACUUUACUCUAAUGAGAGAAAAAUUGGAAUACAGGCUGAUUUAAUUCGCGAACAGGAUUGUAAGAUUAUAGAGCUAACUAAGGAAGUUCUGCGACACCAUGAGAAUGCUCAGAAAUUUAAAGUUGUUAGAGCAACUUAUUCUAAGGUGCAAAGGUUAGGGCUAGAUGAAGAGAGAGGAGAUAUUAUACUUCUCCCAGACACCGACAGGAAAACGGAAAAACUAAAAAUGUAUCGAAUUGAGAACCGCAGAUUGUCCAAAACACUGGAAGAGAAAGAGACAGAAAUUAAGGAUCUCAAGCUUGAGGAGCAGAAGCUGCAGCAUGAGGUGAAGAAUCUCAAAUCUAAGUUAGACUAUCUGCCAGAAGAUGCAUUGCAUGAAGUGCAUGUGAGUCAGACCAAAUUUAAAGCUCUCAGAAGACGGAUAAAAGCCCAAGAAGCAGAGAUUAGUGCAUAUGUAGCAAGAAUGAAAUUGCAAGAUGCCACCAACGAGGAGUUGAAAAAUAAACUUAAAGACAUCUCUUUAUCAAAGAAAAACAGAUUUCCACCCAUUGAGUCAAAAAAUAUCAAACUGAAAUCUGAGGACUCAGACCCAAAGUCUAUGAAGAAACCCCAAAAAAUUGUUUAUCUACCGCCUCUUCAAAUCAGUUCAUUUGGAAGAGCAAAAAUGUAAAGGGAUGUGGUUGUUUAUGUUUGACUGCCUCUGGGCUAUCAAAAUGACGUCAUUAAGCACCUCAUUGUCUCAGGUGGGCAAUGACAGCGAGACCUGGAGGGUCUCACCAACAUGCCUUCCAUUAAGGAAGCUGAGCCUGGGGACUCUGGGUUGGGCUCUCCAAUCCCUAGGGACAAGGUCGCCGAGGUGGUUAAACAGCUCCUCAGUGGCAUGGCCCCAGGUGUGGAUGAGAUCCGCCCAGAGUUCCUUAAGGUUCUGGAUGUUGUAGGGUUGUGUUGGCUGACGCGACUCUGCAAUAUCGCAUGGACAUCGGCGGCAGUUCCUUUGGAUUGGCAGAUUGGGGUGGUGGUCCCCCUGUUCAAAAGGGGGACCAGAGGGUG